GCCAAAGCUUUAAGAAUGGGUAAUGGCGGUGAGGACAGGGGUUCAAAGAGGUGGGAUAGAAGGAAAGAGGAGGAUGCUAUAGGGUACUGGUGCGGGGAGAGUGCAGCGAUGGUAGCCAACAAAAGGGUGAUGGUGGUGGUAGACCAGAGUGGCAGAUCCAAGCAUGCUAUGAAAUGUGCACUGACCCAUCUGGUCAACAAGGGAGACCUCCUUACCCUCCUCCAUGUCGUCCCUCCUAACCCUCGCCGCUACCUCAGGAGCUCUGUAGCAGGCGCAGGAGCAGGACAUGAUAUUCCCACCCUCGCAAAUUCCCUCGGUGCCCUUUGCAAAGCCUGCAAACCAGAGGUGGAGGUGGAGGCUCUGGUCAUUAAGGGCCCGAAGCUGGCGACAGUCCUGAGCCAAGUGAGGAAGCUUGAGGUGUCCGCUCUGGUGCUGAGCCAAGGAAAGCCUUCUCCACUUUGUUGCUUGAUCCGCAGCAGCAGCGAGGAAUUCGUAGAGGAGUGCAUUAGCAACGCGGAGUGCUUGACGCUGGCAGUGAGGAAGCAGAGCAGGGGAGUCGGUGGGUACUUGCUCAACUCAAGGUGGCACAAGAACUUCUGGCUGUUGGCCUAGCCUGAACAACGUACGUACCACCUGUAAUCAUCUCGAUCUUCUAAACUCCAGAGUUGGGAGCAUGUCAUGAUAAA